AUGGUGCGAAAGCUCAAGUUUCACGAGCAGAAGCUUCUGCGAAAGACAGACUUCUUCACAUACAAGCAAGACGACAACCACCGCGACAAGCUCGUCAGGCGGCGGUACAUGAUCCAGAAGCCAGAGGACUACCACAAGUACAACCGACUCUGCGGCUCCAUCCGCCAACUCGCCCACCGCCUCUCCCUCCUCCCCCCCGAAAACCCCGUCCGCCGCAAGCACGAAGACCUCCUCCUCGCAAAGCUCUACGACAUGGGCAUCCUCUCCUCCACCUCCAAGCUCUCCGCCGUCGAGAACAACGUCACCGUCAGUGCCUUUGCCCGCCGCCGCCUGCCCGUCGUCAUGACGCGCCUGCGCAUGGCCGAGACCGUCCAGGCCGCCACCAAGCUCAUCGAGCAGGGCCACGUCCGUGUCGGCGUCGACGAGAUCACCGAUCCGGCGUACCUGGUGACGCGCAACAACGAGGACUUUGUCACGUGGGCUGUAGGAAGCAAGAUCAAGAAGAAUAUCAUGAAGUACAGGGAUGAGCUGGAUGACUUUGAGCUGUUGUAAUUCUUGUUUUUUUUUUCGCUGUGUUGGGAGUGGGGGUUUUCGGAUUAGACAGCGCAUGGGGGAGAGCGUACUGGUAGAUUGUCAUGGAGCUGGUUUUGGCGUUAUGGGUUAGGCUGGGAUAUUCCUGGAUUGAGAUCCAAUCCAAUGCUUCAAGAGGGACGGGUUCAUCAUGUGAAAAAAUACAUUUUGUUGUAC